UUGGAGCGAUCAAAUUGACCUUUCGCUGCUUUUGAGUUGGGUUGUUUUAAAAACAAACUGGCAUCACUGCAUUUGUAGUGUUAUGUCAGUUGGUUGUCAUAUUUAAUAUACAUUGCGUUACUUAUCAAAUCUCCACAAAUUAAACCGAUCGGGCUGGUAUCGGACAUGUGUAAGGACGUUUAACUCAGUAAGGAAACUUUAGUUGUUUGGAGGCGUGGUUGGAAUACAAUUUCUUCUACAACAAUGUUUUGGCCCUCCGCGUACGGAGAUGGUCUGAGAUUGGAUUAGAUUGCUUGCGCGAAUAAUUAUGCGCAUUGGAGAAAUGCAAGAAGAAAUUUGUUGUUUACGACGUUUGUGGUACCCUUAGCGGUAUAGGAUUACAUCUUUGUGGUUGUGGUAAGCACUAAGUGUUGUUUAUGUCUUUAGUAACGUGAAAAGAAAAAGGAUAGCUUUAAUAUGUCGGCGAACAGUACAAAAUACAACUCAUCGGAUCGUGUAGUGAAAAGUGUUCCAUUCCCUCCUAGUCAUAAACUUACAUCAGCUGAAGUUUUUGACCCUAAAACCCAAAAACCUCGCACAGAUGUCCUAAAACAACACUUUGUAUUAGAAGGACGUAUAGAAGAGGCUGCAGCGCUCAAAAUUAUUAAUGAUGGAGCAGCCCUUUUACGACAAGAAAAAACAAUGAUAGAUAUUGAAGCACCUGUUACUGUUUGCGGUGAUAUUCAUGGACAGUUCUUCGACUUAAUGAAAUUAUUUGAAGUUGGUGGGUCACCAGCAUCAACAAAAUACCUUUUUCUUGGUGAUUAUGUUGAUAGAGGAUAUUUCAGUAUUGAGUGUGUAUUAUAUUUAUGGUCCUUAAAGAUCUGCUAUCCUACCACAUUAUUUCUCUUGAGAGGAAAUCAUGAAUGUAGGCAUUUAACAGAAUACUUUACUUUUAAAACUGAAUGUAAAAUAAAAUAUUCCGAGCGGGUGUAUGAUGCAUGCAUGGAAGCGUUUGACUGUUUACCCCUUGCUGCUUUAAUGAAUCAGCAAUUUCUAUGUGUUCACGGAGGUUUAUCUCCUGAAAUCCAUACUUUAGAUGAUAUCAAAAAGCUGGAUCGGUUCAAGGAACCACCAGCAUUUGGACCAAUGUGUGAUCUUCUUUGGUCAGAUCCAUUAGAAGAUUUUGGAAGUGAGAAAACUACAGAACAUUUUAGUCAUAAUAGUGUCAGAGGUUGCUCAUACUUUUACAGCUAUGCUGCUUGUUGUGAAUUUUUACAACAAAAUAAUUUACUUUCAAUCAUAAGAGCUCAUGAAGCACAGGAUGCUGGAUAUCGAAUGUAUAGGAAGAGUCAAACAACUGGCUUCCCAUCUCUUAUUACAAUAUUUUCUGCACCUAAUUAUUUAGAUGUUUAUAACAACAAAGCUGCUGUACUCAAAUAUGAAAAUAAUGUUAUGAAUAUUCGCCAGUUCAAUUGUUCUCCUCAUCCAUAUUGGUUGCCAAAUUUCAUGGAUGUUUUCACUUGGUCUCUUCCAUUUGUUGGAGAGAAAGUAACUGAAAUGCUAGUCAAUGUUUUGAAUAUUUGCUCUGAUGAUGAAUUGAUGAGUGAGGGUGAGGAGGCAUUUGAUGCCGAAGGUAAGGAAGAAGCGGCUGCUUCAGCAUCAGUUAGAAAAGAAGUGAUUCGUAAUAAAAUUAGAGCCAUUGGAAAAAUGGCUCGUGUAUUCUCAGUGCUGAGAGAGGAAAGUGAAAGUGUUUUGCAAUUAAAAGGCCUUACUCCAACUGGUCAGCUACCUAUUGGAACUCUUUCAGGUGGGAAAACCUCUAUUAAAAAUGCUCUUGCAGGAUUUUCUCCUAACCACAAGAUAACCAGUUUUGAAGAAGCCAAGGGACUGGACAAGAUCAACGAAAGGAUGCCACCACGUAAAGAUGGCCCCCCUACUCCUCAGGGCUCUGGUGAUGAAGCUCGUGGGGGUUUGCCACAUGGUGUGAACAGUUCAUGAGAAAUGUCAUUGUUAUGUCUUCGAGCCUUGGGAAACCCUCGCUUUUACCAAGGGCUCGAUUCCGCUUGGGGACGGACGUCACGUUUGCAAUUUCGCAAAAGGCGCACUCCUUACUCAGAGCGCCAUUCAAAACGCUGUGGGACCCUAUCACAUGGUCUGUCCCCAUAAACUCUUCAGAUUACCCUAUUCUCUGCUUCGAGUGUCUUAUACACCAAAAGUUUGGGCCUCCUGGUGAGUUGUUGAGGUGUCUUUGGUGUUCAUGCAUCCAUUUCUUCCUUAAGUGCCAGUUUUUGUUACUUUUAUAUACUUUUUGUUAUUAAAUUGAUACUUUUAAUUAUAUUGAGUGAUCCAACUUUUAUGAAGUUCAACUGCAUAAUUGAUGAAUCUAUUUUAAUUUUAUUGUAGUUGAGAUGAAAAACUGCCUGGUGUUUUUUCUAUAUCUGUUUUUUUUUUUUAAUCUCAUUUUUCUCCUGUAUGAAUAAUUUUAUUUGUUAGUGUCCAUAUUGCAUUGUUUCUAUUUCCUUUUCAAAGUCCAUGAAUUUUGUAACCUUGUUAUUCCACGCUUUUGUGGCUUUUUUAUUUUAUUGAAAGUAUAUUAUUAUAUUAGAACAUCACCUCAGCUUCUCACCAGGUAUUGCUCUCCAGUGCCCCCACAGCAUGGCUUUAUAUAGUUAUUGCUCUUUUACACACUUUGAAACUAUGUCAUUUGUGUAAUGGUUUGGAUUGAACUACAAUGAGAAUGUAAUCCAAGUUUUUGUCUCAAGAUCCAUAAAAGCCAAGUAAUUUGUGAAUAAAUAUCCAUUCGCUGGUCCAUGGCUUUAACAUUUUAAGAUAAAAGUUAUCUAAUGGAGAUGUAUAAAAAAAUGUAUUAUAAGGAUUGGUUUCUUAAAAGUAAUGUAUUAUUGACUUGUUUAAAAGUGUAUAGCAAAUUUUCUCUUAAGCCUUUUCAUACUACUAUAUUUCUAUUACUGUUUAAUAAAGGCUGAUUUGCUGUAUAAAAAAAAGAUAUGCUAUUGCUUCCAGAUAUUUCAUUUAAAAAAAGCAUUAAAUUCUAAAAUUUCUUGAUAAUAUGAAAGAAUUUAUUUUUUGUUAAGUUUGUAUUGGCUUUAUUCCAAGACUUAGCUUUAAUCUAUGUAAAAAAAAAUUUAAUGGAUCUUCCAUGUUUAUUCAAAAUGAAAUCUAAAGCUGGAAUUAAUUCAUUUGAUGUGUUAAUAUCUGAAAUGAGAAUAUCAAAAUAGAUUUUAUUUUUCAUGGCUUUUAUGGAUUAAUUUUGAGAAGAAACUCAAGCAUAAACUACAUGCAUAUCUCAGACUUUUCCCUGCCAUAUGUGCAUGUUUCAGCUGACUUGCCAUUAUGCCUGCAUGUCAAAUGUCUUUAGUCUUGGAUUGUUUAUACAAUUUGAUUGUUUUAAUAAUGCCAAAACAUUAUGGGGGUUGCAUCUAUUCAGCUAAUAUGGAAUAAGAUUUCAAUUAUUUUUAAAUCUAUUGAUAUAUUGUUGUACAGAUUGUUAAAUUUGGCUUGCGCCUUAACAAUUGUUAGGUUUUAAUUCUUAAAAAUACUUUAGAUUUUGAUGUUACAAUUUCAGGGAGAAAAGGCAGUUUUAUUUCGGGUUGCUAAAAUUUUAGCCUGCUUCUGCCUCUUUUAAAAUAUUUUAAAGGCAUUGUUUCUUGUUUAUUGGAAGUUGAUUGUUAUCCAUUCCAAAUUACUAAACAUAAUAUGAAUUUUAAUUCUUUUAAAAAUUUGAAAUUUAUUUAUUAUAUGAUAUGGACAAAUAUUUAACAUUUUGAUUUUUUUUCCGCCAGUCGAUAUGCUUUAUUUUUAAUGUAAAAUAAGGAUGUUCUUUUUUCCCCCCUUUCUUUUCCGAUAAAAGUGCUUUUUUUUUUUAAUGAACAAUUAGAAGAUACAAGUAAAUAUUUUAAAAGCUGUUGAAAUACUAUGUCAAAAAUUCAAAAUUAAUUUUCUGGUAUUUAAUUUUUAAAUGAAUAUUUUCUAGGGGUAAGUUUUCAAAUUUUGAUGUUCCUUAUAUUUUCCUAAUUAUUUAAUUAUCUUAUUCUUUAAAUUGUGCUUCUUUUCUCAACACUUUAUGUUUUUAUUUGCUAUUUAAUUUUUAAAAUUGAACCCAUGUUUUUAAAUGGUAUCCUGUGCUUAUUUUGUCUGAGGCAGUUUGCUGGGAUAUGGUAAGGUUUGCAUAUCGCCAUCUAGUCAGUAGCCUCAUCGAUAAACUCCCUGUGCCAUUCCUGUCACUUGAAGAGGUAGCUUUGUAACCUCAACUGUGUACUUUUAUGUGAUCAUCAAAUAUUUGUUGCUUAUUUGUGACUAACAAUAUUGUUUUUUGGUUUUUUAAGUUUUUCCAAGGGGAAAAACAGUAUGGUUUGUGAAUAAGAUGAAAAACAUGACAGCUUGUUCUUGUUGCAAUAAGAACUGUGCAAUUAUAUAUAAUUGAGCUCUAAUUUAGUGUUAAAAUAUAUUGCAGUAAUUAUUAUUUUAUGGAAUGCAGUAAAUCUGUGAAGCUUUAGAAUUCAUUUGAUUUGAAAUACUUUAUUUAUUCUAAGAUUAUAACUUGCUCUUUCUCUUCAACAUAUAGUUAAUGAUGGAAAUUGUAGAGUGAAAUGCUUCAUGCAGUUUUUCAUGUCUUAAUAUUUAAAAUACGAGUUUCAGUUAGAAAGAAAAAUAUAAAAUUUGUUGUAAUGCAAUUUUAAAUGUAUUUUUUUGGUUAUGAAUUCUAAACCUUCACAAUUUGCAUGUUUUAAUACUUUUAGUUCAUUGCAGCAUUUUUUUUAACAAGUUUGAAAAACUAAUAUGUUUCACUUUGAGUGUGGAAAUAUAUGUAAUUAGUUAAUGUUGAGUCCUUUCAUCUUAUUUGUUGUUAAGAAUUUCAAGAUUGCGAUCUUGUUUGUAGACCUUGAUAAACAUUUAAUGUUAUUAAUAUGCUUGAUAUUUGUUGGAUUUGUUUUAGGUUUUAUGUUUGCUGUUUUAUUUUAAAAUAAGCAGAGCCAUGGAGCGUUCGAUUUCAUAUUUAUUAUCUGUGUAAUAUUGAUUUGAAAUGUGCUGGUGUGAAUAUUAUUUCUUUUUGUGUGUUAUUCAUGUACAGUAUUUUUCUUCCUAACAAAAAGAAAAAUGUGGUUACUUGCUAGGCACUUUAGAUGCAAGUGCCUUAGCACAACAAUGACAGAACAGCAAUAGACAUUUUUGUGUGGAAUAGAUUUUGUUACUGAUUCCUUUGUGUAUAUGUUCCCAGACGGUGACAAAGUUAAAAUGACUAUGUACAUCUUUUUUGAGUUUUAAAUGUACAUUCAAAUGAUCUCUACCAUAUUAUGUUAUUUCAGCACUAUUGUGUUGAAUUAUGUACAUAUGUUUAUAAGAAGUUUAUUGAAAAGUAAAGAUAUUUAAACUGAUAUAGUGCAUCUGUAAACCUUAUUGCCAUAGAAAAUUGCAAAGAGCUAUUUGAAAAGAAAAGUUGUUGAAUUGUGUUUUUAUUGGUGCUGAGUAUUUUAGCUUUUACAUUCAACACUUAUGUGAAUGGAAAUAAUUUUUUUUUUUUUUUUUUUUUGGCACCAACAUUUACUGAUUUUUUUUUUUUUUCAAAAGUUAAAUGUAUUUUACUUUCUUGUAAAACAAUGUUUUACAAACAGUUAUUCAUCUAUUUUAAGUCAUUCAUUUACUCAUAUCCAUUGUAAGUGUUUCACUCUCUUGAUAGAGCUAAACAUAUUCUAUGCAAUGUAUCAAGUAAUGAAAUGUCUAGAGAAUUAUUUUUAGUUAGAAAUGGAAAUGAUAUAUAUGUGUGUUUGAUGCAGAACUAAGACAUAUAACUAAAUGUUAUUUUUGCACUGCAACAUUUCUAACAAAAAUUUUUGCCAGUUUUUUAGGCAUAUUUUGCCCAUCCAAAAUGUUGCUCUGUGCUUUUUUUUUUCCCUCUUUGGUCUAGUUCUCAAUUUAAUAAUCUUAAGAAAUAUAUUACUCUUUUCAUAAUAAAAGAUUAUCUUUGUCAUAUUUGACUUUAAAUUGUUGGGAUGCAUUCUUGUACAUAAGGUUAUCUGUGCUGUUUCAAUUUAGAUUUUUAAAACAUGUAGCACAGUUUUUAGUAAUUAAGACAUUUUCAAAUUCUACUGAUAUACUCUAUUGCUAAGGAAAUGCACCCAGCUAUUCAUACCUAAACUCUUUCAACUCUGUGUUUAAAAGUACUAGAUGGAAGUACAAGCAACCACAUCAAUUUAACAUAUAUAUAUAUAUAUAGAAUAUUGUGUGCCACUCUGAACUAUCAGUUUAUCUACUGUUACUUGCUUCCAGCUCUAAAUUCUAUUCUUUACUAUGAUGAUCAGAAGAAAGCUUUAAAGAUUUUGUAUAAGGGACAUCAUACAAGGAUUAAAGCUGGAUAUACUUUGAAGCAGAUUUUUCAUUGUUAUAUUAUUUUAUUUUGGGAAAGUUAUGUUAUGGCUAGUCAAAGUUGUGAGGUUACCUCAAUCCAUCUAUGUCCCAUAAAAGCUGAAGUUCCAGAUUUUGCUAUGUGCACUAUCAACAAGUAUAUGCCUCAACUAUGUGUGUAAGCUUGUAUAAAACGUCAAUUGUGUUACAUAUUGUUGAUUGUUCUCUAAAAUCUUAGCACGUGGACAGGUUGGCUUGAUUUGGCAGUUAAAGAAAUUAACCUUGAGUGCCUUAAAGUGUGCCACUAAAUUGCAUUGUUUCAUACUGUCUGAUUAAUAUAUGUUAGUUUACAUUGUGUAUAUUAGUCUGUUUAUUAGGUGUGGCUUGUGUAAUUUGAUGAGAGUUUUUAGUGUAGGAACCUGUAGUAAUAACUCUUCUAUAUUGUACUUUAAGAGAUAUCUUUAUAAAUGAAAAGUACCACAGAGGAAGGAUUCUUAUACUAUGAUAAGACAUUAAAAUACAAUUUUUGGUGAACUAAUUUCCUUUAAAAAAAAUAUGUAUUUUGAUGUUUAAAAAAACUUCUUGAAACACCUUUGAGUUAAUUUUCUUGGUUGUGUGAUUUUCUUAAAUAAAUUUUGACUGUAUUUAUAACGUUUUGUGAAGUUUUAUAAAUACACUUUUUAGUUAAAUUAAAAUUUAAAUGUGUAUGAAAAAUUAAAAAUUUAGGAGGAAGUUGAAAGUCAAGUGUUUAAAUGAGUUAUCUGCAUAUCUGUGUGCCUGUUGAGAAAUAUUAAAUAACAAAGGUUCUCAGUGUUUCCAUUUUGUGUGUUGUGCACAUGUGUAGCAAUCUGCAAAUAUUAAGCCAGCCUGUCCAUUUCACCUUACAUAUACACUCUACAAGUUCUGCACUUGUCAUCUCCUUGUAUAAAGAAGUAAAACCCUUUUUGGUGUUUUUGUGUAUUACAAGGAAAGCAACAUAUAAUAAAAUGUUUAUCUUCUCAUUAAAUUCUAAAGAUUAACCCAUACAUGGAUACCUAUAUCUUAUCUUUGUAGAACUGAAAACUGCUCAAAUUUUGAUGUAGUUUGGUGUAUUAUUUUAAAAUGUGCGUCUUAAUGCUGCAUCUGAUACAAAAUAUUGAAUAAAUAAAUCCUUUUGA